AUGUUUAGGAGGCCUAGUUUGCUCUCUGAGGACGAACUAAGGCCGUUGAGAAGAUCAUUUAACACAAACAUUCCAGAUUCAUUUGUCAAUUACAUAACAAAGGAAGGUUUCUCAAAGAAUGGACUUGAAUUUGCAAAAGACAAAGAAGCAUAUCAUAUGUUUCUUUCUGAUUUCAAUCAAUCAGGAGAAGAUAUUUUUUGCGAUUGUAGGGUACUAAAAGAAGAUGCAAAACUUCAAAUAUACGAGAUUAAACGUGCUUAUGUGCGGCACAUGCUCAGGGACAUAUCUUGCCUUGAAAAAGAUUUGGACAUGAGGCUGGAUCUAUGCACCAGAAGACCUGUUACUACACUUACUGAUGAUGAACUGCAAGGCAUUAAGGAAUUGAUUGAUUCAGCUAUUUUAGAUAGAGAAGUUAAGGGUGGACUGAGAUGGCCCUUGGGGAACGCAGUUUCUGGAGAUAAAAUUCGUGUGACUGCAGUCUGGCAUGUAAUAAGUAAAAAAUACAAAAAUCCAUCACUAAAGCUGAAAAUAAAAAAUGUUGAUCGGUAUAAAUUUUUAUCAUCAACUGAGGAACCUAGAAGGGAGGUUGUUAUAAUGCUAAAAGGAGUAGCUUCAGAAUUAAUGAAACAAAGGGCUGAUAUGAAUCUCAUUAGUGAGAUGUUGAAAGAUGACUUGAAGGCUAUAUGGAACAACUUUCUUUGA